AUGGAUGCCUCAAGGUUGGCUCCGGGGCCUUUCGAUAGCCCGAACAAGCAGAUGCAGAUUCAAGAUGCCCGUGACAUGUACCGCAAUGUCGUGCGCAAUGCAGAGCGGUCCGGCUCGGAAGUGCCACCGUACGACUUCAUCGAACUUAUCGGUAAAGGCGGCUAUGGCCGGGUUUACAAGUGUCGGAAGCGUGCCACGGGCGAACUCGUUGCUGUCAAAAUUCUUAAUAUCGAUGACGCUGACUUCAAGGAGCAUGUGCUCGACAAGGACAACACUAUCAGUAGCUUUCAGAAGGAGGUUGCCACCCUGCAGCAGCUGAAAGACAGCAAAGCGAAGAACAUCAACAUGAUCCACGAAGCUUUUGAUAUGCACAACCAGCUGUGGAUCGUCAGCGACUACUGUACUGGUGGCAGUUUGCGUACGCUGAUGCGAGCCAACACACGAAGAGGAUUCGAGGAACACUUCAUCAUACCGAUUGCGAGGGAACUUAUUAUUGCCGUGAAAAGUGUGCACGACAUGGGUAUCAUACAUCGGGACAUAAAGUGCGCCAACGUCUACGUGAACGAAGAAGGCCACAUCCAGCUGGGCGACUUUGGUAUUGUUGGCAUGCUGGACGAUGGCUCUGCGAAGCGCCGGACAAUUGUGGGAACACCGCAUUAUCUCCCGUUUGAGAUGCAUACAGCGACCGGACUUUUUACCGACGAAGCGUACGGCACCGAUCUGGAUAUCUGGUCGUACGGCAUCACCGUAUAUGAGAUGGCGACAGGUCAGCCUCCAUAUACAAAUGUCCCUCAGCAGCGGCUGGCAGAAGUCACGCAUGAGCCGCCUAGACUCGAAGGCGAUCAAUACUCUGCGGGUCUGAAAGAUUUCGUGGCCUUCUGCUUGAACCGUGACGCGAAAGCACGACCUUCGGCCGAGCAAGUGCUUCAACACCCUUAUAUUGCCAACACUGAGGCGCAAUACCCUAGCAAGAGCCUCAGACACCUAAUCGAGCGAUAUGCCAUGUGGGAGCAUGGUGGAGGCCAAAGGCAGUCGCUGUUUUUCGCUGGCGGUGCAGCUCCUCCCGUCAUUCACGAUGAAUCGACCAACGGUGAUGCGAACGACACUCAAGAAUGGAACUUCAGCACAUCGGACAGCUUCAACGCGGACUUCAGU